AUGCAAAAGGCUGUUACAGAAGAAAAAGAAAUGUCGUCAAAAGAAGGACAGAACUUAGGAAUUACUGUUUCAGGGGAUGGCUCUUUGCGCAAAAGAGGAUUUUCAUUUCUUUAUGGCUUAACAUCUCUAAUCGGAUGGUUCACGAGAAAAGUUAUAGAUGUUGAAGUAAAAUCAAGAUAUUGUAAGGCAUGUGAUAACUGGAAAGGACAGGAAGAUACUGCAGAGUAUGAUGAGUGGUAUAUUACGCAUAAAGAAACUUGUAAAUCUAAUCACGAAGGCUCCGCUGGAAAAAUGGAGGUUGAUUCUGUGGUCGAGAAGUUUAAGCGCUCUGAGGAAUUGUAUAAUGUUAAGUAUGUCUCGUACAUCGGCGACGGUGACAGUAAAACUUAUAAGGGAAUUGUAGAUGCACAACCUUAUGGAGAUCAGAUUGUAAAAAAAAAAGAGUGUGUUGGGCAAGUCCAGAAAAGAAUGGGUUCAAGACUACGUAAUUUAAAAAAAAAAACUAAAGGAUUUGGCGGCGCAGGAAAGCUUACCGGUAAAUUAAUUGACGAACUCAGUUUGUACUAUGGAUUAGCAAUAAAAAGAAACUCAGACAAUAUUAACAACAUGAAAAAAGAAAUAUGGGCUACUCUUUACCAUAAACUUUCAACCGACGAAAAACCGCAACACAAUCGAUGCCCGUCUGAUGCUGAUUCAUGGUGUACAUGGCAGAGUGCAAAAGCUACGAAUAUUCUCGCUUCUUACAGCCAUAAGAAGCCGCUAAAUGAGGAAGUUUUUAAAGCUAUUCAACCCAUUUAUGAAGAAUUAACAAACGAUGAUUUACUUACUAGUUGUUUGGGAGCUUACACUCAAAACAGUAAUGAAAGUUUUAAUUCUACGGUCUGGAACUUGGCACCUAAAAACUUUUCCAGCGGUAAAAUGGUUUUAGAUAUAGCUACAGAUAUUGUUGUUUGUACAUUUAACGAUGGUAUCAGUAGUGUUAUGAACAUUAUGAAAGUCUUAAAUUUGUCAAUAGGACCGAACUGCUAUAAUUUUUGCUUAGAAGUUGAUGCUUUGCAAGUCGAUCAGGCUAAACGAUCAAUGAGCGAAGUAGCAAAGAUUGCGCGCGCCAACAUACAAUCGGUUAGAAAAUCAAAAGAUGAGGAAAAUAUUGCUAUAGAAAGUCAACUUUAUGGAGCUGGUAUUGCAGACUAA